CAUCUGUGAAUCUCCAUCUUGUUUCCAGUUAUUCCAGCCAGCAGUCUCCAGCUGAGUGGUCAAGGCACAGAAGGUCUUCAGACUAUCGCCAUGACAAAUGCAGCCACAGCAGGAGGGGCUGUUGUCCAUUAUGCCCCUGGCUCUGACCCUCAGUUCAUUGUCCCAGUUGCAACAGGUGAUUUGAGCAGCCUUAAAAUAGCCACAAGUACAAGUGCUGGGCUUGCACAGGGUGUGGUUCUAGCAACCACUGGUUCAGCAGUUCAUGGUUCUGGUGACCAGAUAGCAGAGGAAGCUUCUCGGAAACGGGAAAUAAGGCUUAUGAAAAACAGGGAAGCUGCAAGAGAAUGUAGAGCGAAAAAGAAAGAAUAUAUCAAAUGUCUUGAGAACAGAGUGGCCGUGCUAGAGAACCAGAACAAAGCUCUGAUUGAAGAAUUGAAGACAUUGAAAGCCCUCUACUGUCAGAACAGUUGAUAGCAGAAUAUAUCAGAACUUUCCUUCCUUGCCUGGGUGAUGGCAUGGGUUUAAUCUCUGCAGUGAUAUGACCCGGGGCAGUGACAUAGUGUUAAGGAGGCUCAUCCACCUGAUCAGUGAAAAGUUGAGCUAUUACUCCAUCACUUAUUGGGAUCCUUGAGCAGGGGUCAUGGCUGCCCUAAUUUGUUAAUGGUUCAAUUAGUUCUAAAUAUGUUUAUUGAAUUAUUAUUUUAUGAUUAUUAUUACUGUUGAUAUUAUGAUCAUUAUUAUCAUUAUUAUUAUAUUUUUUCUUUCUUUUCCCAAAGCCAUUCAUUUAUUGGUGGUUAACAAAGCUGUUGGCUGUGUUGUUAAUGUGAGCAAGUAGUUAAAGUUGAGUGCUAUAUUGCAAAGACCUUAAAACCACUAACAAUUGAUUGGGCUGCCAUAAGGUGCAGAUAUAGGCAUCAUUUACAUCUCGUGUUUCAACAGGUAUUACCCCAUACACAUAGACAGUGCUUAAGGAUGCACCACCACUAAUAUAUUUUGUUCCAGGGGAGCUGCAAAUGAGUACUGGCAAAAGAAGAAAGAUUUAUUAAAUGUAUAGAGAAUAGGGUAGCUGUGUUGGAGAACCAGAGUUAAGCACUUGUAGAAAAGCUAAAAUCCUCAAGAGAUUUGUCCUGUCAAAAGACAGAAUAGUGUGUCAAAUAUACGAAUCACUGCUUGUGAUAAUGUGACCUGAAAUUGUCAUUAACAAACUAUGUUAAGGUCAACCUUCUGAGAAGCAAUGACCAAUUGAGAGAAGUGUCCUUGUUGUAGUGAGCUAGCCUGUAACCAUUGAGAAAAUGUUUCUCUCAUUGUUUUGGCAACCAUGGAACAGCACAGCAACAAUCCGGUGAUAAUACAGUACAUGGUUCCCAUAUUUUUUCACGUGUAGUGUUUAUACUAUCAUGGUUGUCAUAUGUAGGAUUUCCCAUACAAUUUUUUGUCAAAGGCCAGCUACAUAAUAUUUAUGAAUGAUUUUAUGACCUUGACAAUUGAUUGUAUGUGCAGGUCCUUGAGGUAGAAGCCAGCUGUCCAAUGAGAUUGCCAAAUGAAUUGGAAACAAAAGAAAUGAAGUUCAAUAUUCUAACAAAAAAAAGGAAAUUUACCAAGCAUUGGUAUUAUUUUAUUAUUUCUGUCUCUCCUCAUUAUGGAAAAUGUUGUUUGACCAUUAGAAAUUUGUGUUAGAAUAUCAAUUCCAUGCAGAAUUUCUGAAUUGCAUGACUUUUUUUUAAAUAAAAUUUUUCUUUUUGGCUUAUUUUAUUGCAAUUAUAUUGUAAGUGUGGAUCAAGCAUGCUUGGUAUAUGUUAAUAUUAUGUUGCUAGUCAUGUCCAGCGAUUAUGAAUCGCAAAUGUUCAUACAGUGUUGCACUUAACUCCAGGGAAUGUGUGAUUCUGUGAGUAGGCCAUCAUAUAGUACGAAUUUUUCAGUCUCAUGCUUUGGAAAAUGUUAUAGUUUCAAAUGCUUUGAGAGAUAAAGACGUUGUAAUAGUGUUACUGCAUAUGCCAACAAAUACUUUAAUUAUGAAUAUAUAUCAUUUGGAGUGUUUAUGGACCUGAAAUUUAAACAGUGUUCCAAUGUUCAGAAGGCCAGAUACAUCAGAGGAGAAUUAUUUGUUGUUACUGCAGUUUAUGAAAGGUACUGUAAUGACAAUGUUUCUGUAAUGUUUAAUCUGUAUGAUUGCUGUCUUUAAAUGUUAUUAAGGGUGUAUUACAUUUUAUGGCAAAUGAAGAAAUAGUUGUUGUGAUCCUCUUUAUUGGACAGCAUGUGAAAACUGAAACUUGCACUAUAGUUAUAAUACAAUGGACAGUGGAAACAGUGGGUGGAGAUGCCAGCUAAAAAUUAUUUGUAUUUUUCCCCCCUCUACUUUUCUUUUUUUAAUCGUCUAAAAGAUCAGGUAUUUAAUAUCAUUUUCAGUCAGCAUUCCAUGUUUAAGAAACCUGAAGACUUAAGCAUUUUGCCCAUAUUAUUUAGUCCCCUAAAGAUAUUUGUUGUUCAGUAGAAAGUGUUUUGACUCUGUGCUUGUGUUUCUACCAAUGCUUUGUGAACAUUACAUGAAACGCAGCAAUUGUAUUCGCAGACUUCUUGUAUGGGAGACUCUCCACAGUCUCUGCUUGUACAACACCAGUGAAACAGGUCUCACUGGGAAAUGAGAAAUUUUACGGCCAAUUAUGAGUUUAUUAUCAUCAAACUUUGGCUGAAAUUUUUAAAAAAUGCCCUUUGUCAGCAGUUUGUAAAGUUAGCAUCUGCACCCAAUUUUGCUGUUGCCACAUUUUUUUCUUUCAUUAUUAUUCCAUCUUAUCCAGUCAUUUUCUGAUCAGAAUUUACAAAUGAUGUGAACAAAUUCUUAAUAUUAUUAUAUGUUAAUUACAUACUUAGGCAAUGCUUAAAAGAUUUUUAUAAUCAGUACAAGGGCAGUAUGUAUGUAUUUUUAGUUUUUUUUCUUUUUUCUUUUUUUGUAAAUUUUGUUUUUUUGGAAAAUGAAGAGGUUGAAGAUGGAUAUAAUAUAUAUGAACAUAUAAAACAUUUUUAUGUAAAUAAUUAUGUUUGGACAUAUGAUUGUGCUCCAAGCAAAAAUGCCUAUGAGAAUGAGAUAUAAGUAUUUUUGAAGAUUAAACUGUUGUUGAAUA